CUAUACGGGGGUUUAUACGCCAUCAGGACACUCUCCUCUCUCGCCAAACUGUUCAUGAGGUUCCUGCAACAAGAAGGGUUCACGCUGGGCGUUCANAUGACCGGCAUCCAACCGCAGGAGUUUUUCUUCCAUUGCAUGGCCGGUCGUGAGAGGUUGGAUUCUUAUACGAACGAUAUCAACAGAACUUGCCUCCCAGCGGGCUUGGUCUGUAAAUUCCCCGAGAACAACCUACAGCUUAUGGUACAGUCGGGCGCCAAAGGCUCAACCGUCAACACCAUGCAGAUCUCCUGCCUACUAGGCCAGAUCGAACUGGAAGGUAAACGUCCUCCCGUCAUGAUCUCCGGCAAAACCUUACCCAGCUUCCCCGCGUUUGAGUUCACGCCGAGGGCCGGCGGGUUUAUAGACGGACGGUUCAUGACCGGCAUCCAACCGCAGGAGUUUUUCUUCCAUUGCAUGGCCGGUCGUGAGGGUUUGAUCGAUACGGCUGUGAAAACGAGUCGUAGUGGGUACUUGCAGAGGUGUUUGAUCAAGCACUUGGAAGGGCUGCACGUCGGUUACGACAUGACUGUCAGGAACAGCGAUAAGAGCGUGAUUCAGUUCAGGUACGGCGAAGACGGCAUGGACAUAUCCAAGGCGCAGUUCUUCAACGAGAAACGUCUCGAUUUCUUGAAAGACAACAUAAAAGCCUUUGCUCAGGAUGAACUUAUUAAACAGUUCAAGAAGGGAGAGGACCAGUACGAGAUAAAACAGCACCACAGAGCCAUAACCAGAUGGAAAGCUACGUACGGAGAUCCCCUGGAGAAGGUGCGUACGAGCCCUUACCAUAUUAUGAUAGAAAGGGUGAAGGAGAGAACGUCGAAUAUUUUCGAAGCGCAUCGUUUGCAAAAUAUAUGGCACAGCGCCGACUCCGAUGUUAGAGAGGCUUGCAAAGAUUUUUGCAAACCGUGUCCGGACCCCCUGGAUGCCGUUUUCCAGGCGGACAGACAUUUCGGUUCGAUCAACGAACGGCUGGAAUCGAUGCUCGAGGAUUACCCCGUGCAAAAAAAGAAGAAAUUCCUGAACAUGAUGAAGUUGAAAAUCAUGCAGUCGAUGUGCUCGCCCGGUGAACCCGUCGGGUUACUCGCCGCCCAGUCAAUCGGUGAACCUUCGACUCAAAUGACACUGAACACGUUCCAUUUCGCCGGUAGGGGCGAGAUGAACGUCACCCUGGGUAUCCCCCGUCUCAGGGAGAUCCUGAUGAUGGCCUCCAAGAACAUCAAAACGCCUUCCAUGGAAAUCCCGUUCAUGAACGUGCUUGGAGUGGAGCAAAAGGCGGAAACGCUGAGGAAGAUGCUUACGAGGGUCGUGGUGGCCGACGUGCUGGAAAAAAUCGACGUUACGACAGAGCUGCAACUGGAGCCAGUAAGGCAGUACCGGUACAUCUUGAGGUUCCAUAUCCUGCCGAAGCGGUGCUACAGCCAGGACUACUCCGUUCAGCCCUGGAUGAUCAUUCAGCACAUGAAGAGGUUUUUCUCGGAGAUGUUCGCUGCCAUCAAAAAAUUGUCCAAAAUAAAUUCCCACGUGGUUAUGAUGGAGGAAGACCGGAGAAGGAAGAAAACGAGUCGAGCAGCGAAUCAAGAGGAAGAUGAGGGGAACGGGGAGCAGGAUAAAAAUGACAAUAGCGGAAGGCCGGGGGACCUGAGUAGUUCCGAGGACGAGGUCGAGGACAACGAAGACGCGAAGAUCACCAAUAAGUUUAAGGAUACGCACGAGGGUCAGGAGCCGGAAGAGGAAGAGGAGGAAGGGUCUGAUGAAG